AUGCGGAGGCAGAAGCUGCCUGCCAGGAGGCAUGCCUUCAUGCAGGGCGUCAGUUCCUGGUACAAGAUGAUCCAAGCACAGCCGCUGGGGAUGGCUGAAGCUUGGCAUGUUAUGUCCAUUCUCCGUUCACACGUAGUUGUCCACUUGUUCGGCCAGCCUGUUGCAAUCAUCCGCAGCGUUGCAGAUCGGGUAGACAACGUCGAGAAGAUCUUGGUUCUGGCUCAAGAUAUUCAUGAAACCGGAAUUGAGCUCCGAUGUGAAGUCUACAUCGCAAACAUCCACCGAAUCGAGGUUGAAACAUCGGUUCGACGGAUCAACGUGGACGAUGUGGAGACCCUGGGCGUCAAGGCCUACGACCGGCAAGGCAACGUUUUCUCAUCUCUGGAGGGCCUCGCGUUUCGGUGGCACAUUGGGGACGCCGCAGUGCUGCAGAGACCGAAGCUGGUCGACUCGGCCUUCAAGCUGAGUCCUGUUCGACGCGCUUUGGUGGAGGCUGGUGCCGAUCCGGACAUGGUACUCCUCCGUGGAGUUGCAACCGGGAGGACUACGGUGGGCGCCAACUUAACCGUUGUCGGCCUGAAGCAUGCUGUCAAUGUGAUCUCUCCGGACGUGCCCUUGACGGUGCUUGAGAACAUCGUAGUGUUGCCAUCACUGCUGCGGGCGCCUCCCAUGGCACAUCUGCAGCUUGAACUCAAGAUUCUGCGCGGCCCACGCCGCCCUCUUGAGGAGUUUCCAUCAGUGCCGCUGCCAGUGCCGCAUUUCAGCUGGCAAACGCAGGCGGUAGAAGGCAUGAGUGACCCCGCGUCAAGUGUUCCAGGUUUGGAAGUCUUGUACGUUCAGCCUCAGCUGGGCCGUGUGGUAACUCAGCGCAUUGGCUCGGGGAGGGUGCUGGCUGUGGACUCGCGAAUUGAGAACAACAGCGCGGCCUCCAUAGUUCAUGUCUCCGACCCUGCGUCACUUCGGUUCUCUACAGAGCCAUUGUGGCGAGGGCCUGGCCGGCCCAUCGAAGGUCGUGUGUCAGGAUGGCUGGGGACGCUCGAGGGCGGCUGGGAAGAUGCAGAACUGCAAGUAGCGCGCUCCGAUGCCGCGGGAGUCUCUUCAGCAGAGCCGCAGCUGCACCUUGUGCAGGGCAGGACAUACGCUCUCAAGCUGGAAUUGUUGGACAAUCAUUCGCGCCCGAUGCAGAUCCCUUUGAAUCUUCGAGCGCAUGCUCGAUGUGUGGAGGCGGAAGGAGCGCCGCUUCUGCAGCUCCUUCACCAGGCCUCCAAUUCUGCUGUGAUCAUAUUCCGUGCUGUGGAGCUGGGCGAGGGCAGCAUCGUCAUCGAGGAAUUGACUCUCCAAGCCGAUAGUGAAGACCAGGCCCGUGGUCUUAAGACGUUAGCGUUGAAGCUCAGAGCGAAGCAGGGCUUUCACGUGGCGCCGGAGCUACGACCAUUGGUGCCGAUUUCGGGGCCCAUGCUUCUGCCGAGGUGGCACUCCUACUUGCUGCAGGUUUCGGGAGGAAGCGGCCAGCAGGCAUUUACUCUGACCCAGUUGCAUCCAACGGGCGUUGCAAGUGUGUCUCCCGAAGGCCGCGUGCAGGCUUUCGGGCAGCUGGGCAAUGCUGAGCUCCGUGUUUCUGAUAUGAGGAACCCAGACAACAACUUCACCCUGCCAGUGUUGGUGAGACGUGCUGGCCACCUUCGACUCUUGCCUCGCUACUUGCAGAUUCGGUUGCCGCCGGGUCCCCCAGUGGAGGAGGUUGUGCGGGUGCAAGCACGGCCCGAGGAGGGGGAUGAUGCCGAUCUUUGCAAGCUUCUUCGAAAUUUGAGCUUCUGGAACUGCUCGGCACUCUUCCCAACGGACCAGCUUGUGCCAGAAGUCUCCAAUAAGACUGUGGCCUCUGUCUUGGCCACGUCUUCAGGCGAUUUUGCAACAUGCGCAGUGCUUCGUCUGAGGCCUCGUGCACCUGGGCGCUUUCAGCUCGUGGCGAGCGCACAGGAGGCCGAUGCACCUCGUUCGCUCACUUCAACAUCUCUGCCCUUCGAGGUUUACAAACCCCUGGAAUGGCGCUUGCUACGGCUAUCGGGACUUGCAAGCCCAGCCGAAGUACUAGCAGCAGCUGAAAGUAAUGAGACUGCUCCACUGGUCGUGGCACCCUGCUCUUCCAUCAGCCUGCGCAUUGCGGAGGGCCCGCUGGGCCUGACGGUUCCAGGACGUGAGACUUGGAACUUGACCGCUGGACCGCACAUCAGCGUGCAGCGCCUGACACCUCGCAGCUUUCAGGUGACCUGCACGCAAGUGAUGCCAGGACCUGUGCGGCUUAUUGGUGAAGUGUGGCAUGCGCCGGUGGAUUCAGCACAUGGGGAGAUUUUUGUGGACCGUGUAAUGCUGUGGCUCCGCUGCUCUGUGCCAGCGAGGGUGCAGGCGACAGCUGAGCUGGACGAUGUAGACAUUCUUUCGGUUGCAGAUGCGCAGAAGGAUCGAGGGAACGUACUUGGAGUCCAGCGUGGAAGAGACACUGCCUUCAGGGCGCGCUUUACUGAUGCUUUCGGAAGGACGAUCUUGAAUGCAUCUGAGUAUUGGCUCCGCUGGUCGCUCCUUCCCACCGGAAAGGAUGUGCUGUCCGUUCCGUUUCAGAAGGCGUGGCUGUCCGCCAGCAAAGAGGACCUUUCGAUGGCCUCUCUCGUUGUGCCGGGAGAUGCCACGGUAGGCGCCACAGCACGGCUGAAGCUGGAGGUGUCGCUGCCCCCCUCGAGCCUUUGCGCUUCGGCUGCCACGCUUGCUGCCUUGCCACUUCCCAGCGAUGAUCUGGGAGUGGUGGUUGCCCGGAAGCUGGAACUUCGCUGGCCGGGCCAUCCAGAGAAGCCACGGUUUGCUAUGUUCAAGAACCUAUCCAUCGUGCUGGAAGCGGGCUUUGGAACUGGUCGGGCUCACCUCGAAGUGCCAGAGGAGAUGUUUGAGGUCGUUGAAGCUUCAGAAAUCUGUGGUCAUGCUGAUGUGCAGCCAUGCAUUCCAGCGCUUUGGAUUGGGUCGCCAUGCAAUGUCACCAAAGCUGCAGUUCAACGAUGGUUUCUGAAACCACUCGCCCAAGGCUCUGCCUUUGUGCGUCUUUGGGAUCCCGACCUCCUGGGCGCGCAGCCGCAGCAGCUGGAGAUAACCGUCCGCGCGGCCAAGCAGCUAGAGCUGGGACUCCUCGGUCAGGACGCGCAGGCGGAGGUGACAGUUGUGCGCGGCGUGCUCUGGCAGCUGCGAGUCGACAUUCGAGAUGCGGAGGGCGAGGCUCUGGGCAUGGUGAACUGGGCGGCGUUGGAGCUCAAGCUUAGGAGCAGCGACCCAGGAGCUUUCGAGGUCCGGGAGAGCACCACAAGAUGCGGACAGCACGAGUGCAUUUGCCACACUCCCGGCAUUUAUCGCCUUUCAGCUGAGAUGCAGGACUUUCCAAGCGGGACCAUCUACUCACGCGUGCUCCACGUGCAUUGCCUGCCAGAAUUCGAUGUCGUCCUGAAGGACAUCGUCGUGAUGCCAGGUCAGGCCUUUGAGCUGACUUUCACCGGGGGCCCGCCCCGAAGCGAUGAGCGGACCACGUUCCGCUUCACGUCGAGCGAUUCGGCCGUUGCCAGCAUCGAUGAAGGCGAUGGCCUGGUUAUCGCUCGCAGUCCUGGCUCGGCGGAGCUCUCGGUACAGCUACUGGAGCGCAACACUCGCCGAGAGAUUGCGCGUGCAGGAGCGUAUGUGACAGUUGGCGUCCCGUGGAACGCGUCGAUUGGUGCCGUAGACUCCUUAUCAGGACACAGAGAAGGUGAGGGAGAUGAGGGAAUUCUGCGGCUCGGCACCCUGGAGCCGUUGAGGCUGCGGGCCCGACUCUGGUCAGGAGCUCUGGAGUUGACCCCCGUGUUGCUCGCUAUGGCCAGCAGCGAGGCAGCUCCUUCCUUCAGUGCCGAGAUCAGUCGGACAGUGUACAGGGCAGCGCAGGAGAUGAGGAAGCCUGUGGUGGAGGCCGUGGAGGCAGCCAGUGCAGCGGCACAGCGUUUGGCCAUGGAGGAAGGCCUCACCGGCCGCGACUCCGCUGGCGCUGGGGCUGCGCUUGGCCUUCGGUGUCAUUUCCGCUGGACUUCGGACAGCUCGGUCGUGCUGGAGCCCGUUGGCUUUGGCGCGCUGGCUGUGGAUGUGCGGAUUCCGCCGGCUGUGCCAUCAACAGCUGGACAACAGGAGGUAGACGUGAUGGUGCAGAUCACCUGUCCUUUGGGCUCAGGAGACGAGCAGCUGCAUCUUCAGGCGAAGCGUCUACUACCGGUGGUCCAGCCACUUGCGUUGCUGGCUCCCUCCACAGGUUUAUGGGCUGUGGUGGACAAUGUGGAUACUGCAUCCCUGCUGGUGCCGCCACACGCACGGCUCUUUUUGCACUUUAACCUUCCCCGAUCGCAGCUGAAGGUUGAUGUUGGGCAAGACCGGAUCAUUCAGUUGCUAGAGACCGGAGAGGUGGUCGAGCUUGAGACGGGGUCAGAAGAGGGCCAGUCCGCACUUCGUGUGCAAGCCGUUGACUCGCAGCUUCGCAUGCCACCGAUGCAAGUCUCAGUCUUCGUUCGCAAGGUUUUCGCGGCACGACUGGACGCAGUUCCUUCCCGGUUGCCGCUUGGCGCAACUGCCUUGUGCCCAUUUUUCCUGGUGGAUGCAGCUGGUCAGACAAUGACACUUCCCAGCAACUUCCAGGUGGAGGUGCUGUCCAGCCAUCCUGUGUUGAUGGCAGAGGUUCAUCGCUCCUCGAGAGGGACGUCGAUUUACUUGCGCCCACUGAGCGAGGGCUGCACACUCCUCAGUGCUGCUGCGCGAGUGCCAGAUGGAAGGCAGCUGCCUUCGGAUGUGGCGGAACUAUGCGUGGUUCGAGGGGCACUGGUGGGCCAAGGGCCGCUGCUUUUGCAGCCCGGUGCGCGGCUGAACUUGGACGCUGAAGAGCUGAGAGCCGCAGGCGGUGCAGCUGGUCGAGCUCCUUUAGCCUUCUCCCUCCGGAUUGCUGAAAUCGACGCUAGCAGGCCCCUCGAGGAAGCUGCUGGCCAGCUGGCAGAACAGGUUGCAACGGCGCUGGCAGCAGGCCUUCCAGAAGCCUUCGGAGCCAGUCGCACCCCGGAGACAGAGUACAGGAACAUUGAGACGCUCAAGAAGACACUUCAGGUUCGCAUGCUUCGCGCGCGAUGGUCCGUGAAGCAGGAGGCAGGAGAGACGCUCCUGGGAGCAGAAGUAGAUCUGGAGGUGUCUGCGCGCGAUCUUGCAAAGGCUGCUGGACGCAGUGCAGAGCUCGGCCUGCGGGACCUUGCGGAGGUCCUCUGGGCCUCCCAGGAGGAUGCUCCAUACAACACAUCGCUGCGGAUGCUGCGGCUGUUGGACUUUGGUUGGGGGGUGCGCGCUACUGGUGCUGAGGUGCCAGCAGCCUCGACGCGUUGUGGUGGCUGUUGCGUAAAAUUGAACUGCCGCAGUUGUUGCGAAGCAUCGACUGUCUGUGGCCUGCAGUCUGCAGAAGCAAUUGCAGGGUGGCAUUCGCUGCAACCACAUGUUGUUCAAGUGGAGGGUCCAAGAGUUGCAGGGCUGGCGCGAGAGCCAGGAGUGGCUACGCUGCGAUACUGCGAUGGCAUCGUCACCGCCGAUAUCCAGGUCACCGUUGCCCAUGCUGGCCGGCUGGUAGUUCAUUCUGCACCGGAGGGUGGACCUUCGCCGAUACUAGCUGCGAGGAAAAUCUUUUCCAAUGAGGCCAACUCAGAGCCGAUACAAGUCAAGUUCCUUGCUUUUCAGGAUGGCCCUUCCCAGCUGGAGAAUCAGUUCCUGUCCGGCCCGUUCUUGGUGCAGAACUUUCGCCUCCAGUGCGAGCCAACCCAGGCAGCAAUGCUGGAGUUCUUCACCUUCCAGGCACUCGGUGAUGCAUGUGUGCUUACCGCCAGAGAGCCUUCGGCGACAGCAUUACAGAGGUUGGCUCCGACUCGCCUGGGCCUUGCAGCCUCCCUGCCUGGAAAUGUCGGUGGAGGUGCUGUCCUCGAAUGGGUCUUCACACCACAGUUUCGCAUCCUCCAGGCAGGGCAGAUCGUGGAAGAUGGAGAGGUGUGCUCAACUCUGAGCACUUCCAGUCCGCAAUCCACUGUCACAAUCUGGACCGGCGGCCAUGCCAUCCAGGCAGACCUCGCCCCGAUCCGAAAUCCACGGCGGGGCAACAUCUCCAUUCAGGUUCGCCAGUCGUACCAAGAGCCAUUGGUAGCCCUGCAUCUCUUCUGGCACGGUGCGGUGGAGUGGGGAAGUGUCGAGGAGGUGCAGCUCACGGUCUGGUGCCCAGCGACGACUCAGGCUAACAAUUUCCGAGUUCGCAUUGAGCCGACGAAGAAGGUGGAGUGCCUACAAGCGGAUGACAGGUCAACCUUCGAGCUGUGCUUGUUGAUUCUAGCCAUCGCAGCGAUACUUUGGUUGCUAGCCAGGUCUUGCUUCAGACCAUCACCGGCGGAGGGACAUGGAGCAUUUCAAAGUGUUAGCGCAGGGCCAGUGUUCAGCGGCGAUCCCUGGGCCGGCCCUCGUGCAGUCUCGCCGUUUCAAGCAUUAGGCUGA